AUGUUGGGCCACUUUCCAGCGUGUGUAUAUGGUCUUGAUUCCGUGAAUGUGGAUACAAGUCCAAGAAAAGCGUUUGAAUCUUGCUUGAAGCUGCACCACGAGGAGACGCACAGCCGCGCCUGGCUACUAAACCGAGCCCCAGCUACCCGCCCGAGCCCCAGCAUAUCCCGAGAUUACGAGAUCGGCUGUUCUAUACAUAAUCGCCCGGGCAACCACUGCAAUACUGCUGCUAGCUAUAAAGCCAAAGUUUGUUAG